AAGGUAAGGAGGAGAGGAGGGAGGAGGAGGAGGAGAGGGGCGGCGGGUUCUGCCGAGGAGGUGGACGUGGCGGGUCCGGUGGAGCAGCUGCAACCGAGCCUCGGCGGACCGGCUGUCAUGACCCGGACCCAGAGACGCUGGACCCAGACAGGUGUGGGUGGUAACCCUGGAAGGAAGACUGUUCCUGGAUUCCUGAAGGACAUUGUUCAGCUCAUUGAUUUGUCAGUUGCAGCAGGUUGUCUACUUAGCAAACACAGGGUGGAGUUUAGGAGGAGGCAGAACAGCUGAGAUAAUAGUGUCAGGAACAGGAAGUGCUUGAAUCCCUCCAAAGGAGAAACAGGGUUAAUUAAGGAGGAGGUGGAGCAGAGGAGGAGUAGCUCCGCCCCCCUCACCAUGACAGACUUGGAGUCAGAGUGUCUGAGUCUUGGGCUUAGCCACUCGCUGCCCUCUGAGUGUGGCUCCCCUCCGCCGCCUCUGGACACCUCCCUCCAGGUGGACUGUGGGCCGGUGCCCGCCGUCAUGACGCCGACUCCGACGCUGGCCCUGCUGUCCUCUGAAUGCCCCACACCCACCCUCAGCUCACUGGCAGCAGAGAUCGUAGAGCCUAUGGUGAUGCUGUCAUGUGUCAAGAGUGAACCAGAGGACAAUGACCUGGAGCCCAUCCAGACUGUGGACCUCUCAGAAAUUCAGCCACUGUCAACUGCUGAGCUAGGGCAGGACCAGAUCAAGAUGGAGAUCAGUGGCUUGGACUACAUCAAGUCUGAGCAUCAUGGCAGCCACCCACUAGGCCCAUUCCACCAUACAGACAUCACCGACCUGGAUUACAAGUCCCACUAUGACGCCAGCUCAGUAUUUGACUACAUCUCCCAGGUGACGGACACUCUGGAGUACAUAAAGUCAGACCACCACGUAGACCUACAGUGUUACUAUGCUGCAGAGUUGGGCUCCCUGAAGUCUGAGUACCUGGAGUCAAACUGCAUGGCAGGAACCCUGCAGCACAAUGGCCUGGAGUCCAUCCACAUGGCUGAGCUCCGCACCGAGCUCAACAAACUCAGACCUGAUCCAAUGCUGAUGGAUGGCAUUGGAAAACUUGACCCAGAGUUUGGAGGUGGCGGGGGGCUUUAUGAGAUGCAUCCAGUCGAUGAGGGGAAGCGAUCUGUCGAGCAGGGAGGCGGCGGUAGAUUAGGCAAGACACACAACCCCACAGUAAGGAAACCUCGCAACAUGCAGGGAGAGAAGCCUUUUUCUUGCACACAGUGUGGCAAGAACUUCAGUACUCUGGGCAACCUGAAGACGCACCAGCGCAUCCACACUGGUGAGCGGCCUUAUACCUGCUCACAGUGCGGAAAGAGCUUCGGCCAAGCUGGCAAUCUCAAGCGCCACCAGCUCAUACACACAGGCCAGAAACCGUACGUCUGUGCCCACUGCCCGAAGGGCUUCACCAAGGCCGACGACCUGCGCUCCCACCAGCGCCUGCACACGGGUGAGCGCCCAUUCAUCUGUGCAACCUGUGGGAAGAGCUUCGGCCAGUCCAAAGAGCUGAAGGCCCAUCAGCUGAGCCACACGGGCGAGCGGCCAUACUGCUGCCAGCACUGCGGCAAGAGCUUCACCAAGGAGACAAGUUAUCGUAACCACGUGCAGAUCCACACGGGCGAGAAGCCCUUCACCUGCUCACAGUGCGGCAAGACAUUCAGCAACUCCGGAGUCCUAAAGACCCACGAGAAGAUCCACACAGGUGAGCGGCCCUUUGGCUGCACGCAGUGUGGAAAGAGCUUUGGGCGCCUUGGCCACCUAAAGGCCCACCAGCAAAUCCACACGGGCGAGCGUCCAUACGCCUGCCCGCAGUGCGGAAAGACUUUCAGCCAGUCGGGCCACCUCAAAGCUCACGAGCAGAUCCACAAACGAGAACGAGCCGAAACGGCGAGCACCAGCAGCAGCAGCAGCACUGUGGGUAGUGACAGUAGCUAAGGAACACAGCUCCACUUCCUUUAAGCUCUCGGAAAAACAAAGUAUUAUUCCCCUUUUAUAGAUACUAUAUAUAAUAUACUUUUUUCUUAUAUUGUUUUCAUAUUUUCUUUCUUUGUAAUUUGUAUGUGGGAGGGGCCAACGUUGACUAAUUUGCUGUUAUGCAAGCAUCCGUAAUGUACUUUGUGCGUGCACGUUUUGUUUUUUGGGGUGGGGAAGGAGUCUGUAGAUAAUCUUUAUAUUCGUAUGUCCUGUCUAAACCAUCUUAUAUGAUGGAGUACUACGGCCACCACGUUAAAAUGAAUAAAUGCAUACUAUUAAAUAUAUUUAAUGCUGUAUUGUAACAAGAAGAGGGUGAAAAUACAAUAUUCAUUAAAAUAUCAGGAUUAUUCUAAUGAAUGAAGACUGCCACAAGAAAUGAAAUUAGUGGAAGAGAUGGUGUCUAAUUUAACAAGAUAUAUUGAGGAAAAUUCUUAUGAGAACGAAGCUAAUUUUUGUGGAAAAGUCUGUAUUUAAAGUAAAAAAAAAAUGUAUAAAAUAAAGUUAAUUCAGUCAUUCUAACAUAGUGAUACUCUGCAAAACAAUCAUUUUUCUGAGUGAGAAAAUCUCAUUACAAGAGGAAGUAGAAUAUUUUCCAUUAUAAGAGUAUGAGAAUAAAAGACACAAAUGCAGCUAAUUUCUGUCAUUGUUAUAACAAUGGAGAAACUUUAAUCGGAAGUAUAUAAUAUUUGUUAUUCUGCACUGGAUUUUACAUAUAAACAGUUAAAAAAAAAUCAUUCUAAAUUGUACAAAUAUUUUAAAAAUGUCAGUUUUAAAUCUUCAAGUGAAAUGAAAUCUCUAAAUUAAAAAAAGGAAACAUAGGCGCUUAUAUAAAAUAAGCAAAUGACACAUUUUAUGACCAAGUCUGUUUGGACGAGUUGGAGGAGGAGCCAAAAAAAUAUUUUGUUGGAGUUCAAUUAUAAACAGCUGUGACAUUUGCGAUAGUAGAUAAUCUGUUUGGAGAGGGAAGUCCUCAAAAAUGGUGUACGCACCAAGGAGAGUAGUGAGGGAAGCCAUCAAGAUAUUGUGACUGAAGAAGUUGCAAGCUUCAGUGGCUGUGAUUGGAGAAAUUGUUGUUUCUCUCGUCACAGCUAAGUGGUAGAUCGAUGCGUAAAGGACAAGAUUCACUGUGAUACGAUAACGUCUUACCUGUCCGGCGCUAAAGUCACUACCAGAGUCCCAACAUUUAGGAAGGACGUGCACGUGGGCAGAAAUGGUGACACAGAUGUGCCAUGAGAAUUUCAAAUAAAGACAUGAUAUCCAUCAGUGUUUUCACUUUGCAUGGGUUAUAUUGGAUCGGUGUAUUGAUAAACUGAAUGGAAUACUGAAAAACUAUGAUAGAGAAAAUGGUUACUUUCUCUCACGUGCCUUCUGACAAACUCAGCUUUUGUCACAAAGUAUCUUCAGUCCUUGUUGUUUUCUGUGGCUGUAGUACUCCGUCGUUCGUGCAGCUUUGCACUGAUAUUUGUCUUCUGGGGGACCAAGUCCAUGUUCUUAUUUUUGCAGUACUUUUCAAUGCAGAGCACAAAUACUUAAGUGACCAAAAGUGACCAAGGUAAAGUACUUAAUUUUGUAGUAUUUACUGAUACAGACCAGCAGUUGUGACAUUCUUCACUAUGUGGUGAAUGCAGUAAAAGUACUUCAUCUCAGUACACUACCAUAGUGAGCACCAAGUAUUUGCCAACUAAGUACUUAUUUUUCAGUACUUGCUGAUAGUAUUUUACUCAGACUUUGGUACUUUCACACGUAAACUUACUGUAUUGUUGACUUAAUAUGAAUUUGUUAUAAUGAUGAGAAAUACUUGGAUUAAUUUUAUUUUAUAUAUUUUUUUUUGUUUGUUUUUUAAUGAUAAUCAUCUGAAACUGCAUUUGUUUGUCUUUGUAACAAAAUCAUGAGGCCGUUUGCACAUCUGUUUGGGCUUUAGGUUUUGAUCCUUUUAAGAUAAGGAAACAGGCAACUUGUCGAUGAACUGACCCGAGUUUACGGACGCGGGUGAAACUUAAUUAGGUUUCUAAAACAAAAUGGUCACAUCAGGAAUUUGCAACAUGAAUUACAUUUGUGUUGUAAAUAUGUGACAAUAAAGGAUUCACCCUUUGAAAGUU